AUGAAGAAACCAUCAAAACGAGGAAAGAAUAAAAAACCACAUGGGAAAGGUAGAAAACCUUCGAAACAUGAUCCAAGGAAUCCACGGAGUCCUGCAUCAAAUGAGCGACCGAGUGGAAGAUCGAGAUCAUCCGAGAAACCGUCGAGUGAAAUUCCUGGAUUAGCACAACCAGCACAAACUAAACGAAGACGUCAUCGUCGUGACUGGAAGUGGAAAAUCACCAAAAAAGAGAAGCAGAGAGGAUAUAGAAAACAAAAUUGGUUCUGGGGUUACGUGUCACAGACGGAAGCUGAGGAGUACCUGCAAGAUGCCGUUGAAGGUGAAUUUAUUGUUCGUUGUAUGCUUUACCAAGAAGCCACAAAAACUAUCCUUACUGUAGUCUAUUUUGUGGAUAAAACACGAAAGUUUGAACACUUUUCUACGAAUUUCCGACGUAACAAGUGGAUAUUGGAAAGUUUUCCAUCAGCUCACAGAACUCUGAUGGAUCUGGUUGCUCACUAUCAUCAGAACUUCAUCGGAAUGACUCAAUUGAAACUGAAAGUUCCUAGAAAGCAUCCGGAUUGGUUCAUCAAACGACACAAAAUCAUCUGUCCAAAACAUGCGAUUCGACUCGGAGGUGGAAAUUUCGGUGAUGUGGUAAUUGGAGCUUAUCGACGACGUUUAGUGGCUGUCAAAACUCUUCAUGCGGAUGGUGAUCGUUUUCUAGUGGAAAGAGACAACUUGAUGAAAGAAGCUUCUAUAAUGAAAAAGUUGGAACAUCCUUACAUCACAAAGAUCAUUGGGGUAUCUAUUGAUGAGCCUUCGCCAAUGCUACUUGUAGAGAUCAUGGCAUGUGAUUUGACAAGUCACAUUGUGGAUCGGGGUGAAAAAACCACUCUUGGUGAGAAGCUUCUUUAUUGUUGGCAAAUCGCUUCGGGAAUGGACUUUAUGACUCAAAGAGAAAUGGUUCAUCGGGAUAUUGCUUCCAGAAAUGCGUUGUUCAGCCGAUAUGGAAUCUUGAAGCUGGCCGAUUUCGGACUAUCAGAAUUUAUUGUCAACUUGACGGCAGUGAACAUUGGAAGAGAUCACUUACCGGUAAGGUGGUAUGCUCCUGAAGCCAUACAAACGACAACAAGACCUGCAACGUUCAAUGAGAAAAGUGAAGUAUGGAGUUAUGGAGUCACUUGCAACGAGAUAUUUAAAAAUGGAGCCGCUCCAAUCUUCUUGAAAGAUCAUCAUGAAAAAGCGGGAAAAAAGGAAUGUCAAGUUAUCGCAGCCUACAAAGACGGUGAUGAUCUUCAUGUGUUACCAAAAACGUUGCCUGCUGACGUUCAAACAUUUUUCAAACGACUUUGGUUGAGAAAUCCUGCGGAUCGUCCAAACUUCAAAGAAAUUCUAGCGACGCUGGACCAAUGGAUUAAAGUCACUUACCCUCCACCGCCAAUCGAAAUGCAGAUGGUGCAAAAGAUCAACCAUUGUACUCCAAUAACAAUUGCAGAGUACGAGUUAUUGUAUAAAAAUAACUGGGAUUGGUGCCCUCCUGCCAGAAAAGUGAGAAUUAAGAAAAAUAAGAAUCGGGAAAAGACGGGUAGUAUAAGAAGUAAAGGAGAACCGAAGAAAAAAACAGAUGAAGAGGUUUUGAAGAAGCUGAAAAAGAAAUUGGUCAAACGACGAAAAAUGAUCAGAUUGAGGGAAAAGUUGAAAUGGUGGAGAGAAAAGCGUCGUGAGGAAAAAAGAAAAACCAAGGAACUGAUUUCUUUCCAACGGAAGUACUUGAGUACCAAAGUUAGACGAACCAUUGGAUACAAGAAGACUCGUGACAAAUACGAGAAAAUGGUUGAGCUGUAUGCAAAACUGAUGAAGAUCAGAUGGAGGAAAAGAAGACCUAAUCGUCAAUCAAGGUUCCGUUUAAGAAGACAUCGGCUGAUCAAUAAGAAGUCAAAACAUCCAGUGUCUCGAAAUAGGAAAACCAAAGUUGUAGCCAAGAAAAAAGAUGAGAAAAAGAGAGUUCGAGUCAAGUAUGUGGUACCGACGAUUCCGAAAACACGAAAAUUUGUGUCGAAAAAAAGAAAGAAGUCAGUUUCUGGAGCCUCAAAAGAUGUGGUAGUUACUCCGAAGAAAGGUACUCCAAUCAAGCCAGAACCAGGAACAAUGGACAUAUUGAAAGAGAAAAGGUUGAGAAAUAUCCGAAGAAAGAGAAGGCAUCAGUUGAGAAAGUGGAACAAGAGGAAGCAUCGGAAGAAGAGACGUGUGAAGAGAAGACAACGAAGACGUCAGAAGCUCAGAAGACGUUACCGAAGGAAGAAGAUGGCGGUGAGAAGACUCGCAUUGAAUGUGGAUCAGAAGGAAAGAAUGAGAGUGUUGAAGAAGAGAAGACGUCGCAAGAGAGCUGUGGAAAAUCGGUUGAAACGUGAGGCGAGAAUUGGUAAAAUCCUCCGAGAAUGGAGAGAUUUGAGAAGACUUGUGGCGAUAAGAAAAAAGAAACGAGAAAGAAAAAGGAAAGCUAUACAGUUAGAGAAGAAUGAAAAGAAGGCUGGAAAGCAGGUACCACAGGAGAAGGCAGCUAGAUCUGGAAGAAAGAGAUCUGGACGUAAACAGCGAACUUAA